CACAAACAAACUAGUUCUCGCGCCAAUGCAUCACAUAACGCUAAAUUCAUCAGUUACUAACUCAAUAUUCAACUAGAAACCCCAAGGCACGUGUACAAACAAAGUGGUGAGGUCAGAAUCCCGCUUAGGCGCCAUAUGGGGUGGCCACGAGCACCUUGCACCGAGCGGAGGAAUACUGUGGUGAAAUUCGACAAUAGUGGUGAGAGGAGAAGCUUUGAAUCUCACGGGGUAUAGUACAGUGUUCCGACAUUAUUUUUAUUGUAGUGUUGCACGAUGUCCACCUCCACGGUCCAGGGGAUGAAGACGGAGCCUGUAGUGCAGCAGCAGACGUCCCAGGCCCGAGAGGCUCAGGGGACACAGAUCAUCACUGCCAAUGGACAGACCUACUCAGUCAUGCCCCAAGCACAAAUGCAGACGGUGACAAUCGAUGGGCAGGAGGCCAUCUACAUCCCAGCUUCAGUGCAGCAUGCCCCAACAGCAGCAGCAGGCACCCAGCAAAUACAGAUUGCUGGCAACCAGGCCAUCUUCGCUCCAGCGGGCCAGAUCAUCCGGGCACAGAACAUCAUCCAGAAUGUGCAGGGAGUGGGACAGCCAAUCACAGUGGGGAGUGUCCGGCCGUCAGGCACAGCCAGUGGUACGGGGCAGCAGGCUGCCCCCACCCAGGCUGCACAGGUUGGCCAGAUGGCAACACAGGUGAUGCAAUCAGGUGUGCCCCAAGCCACCAUCCCCGUCCAGAUCCCAAUCUCCACUGCUGGCGGACAGACUGUUCUUCAGACUAUUCCUUUCCCUGUGCAGAUACCAGUCAUCCCCAAUGUGGUACAAGCCAAUGGUCAGACCUUGCAGGUUGUGCCACAGCUAGCUCAGCAAGUGCAGGCACAACCCCAGCUGGCCCAGAUCCUACUGCCUAAUGGCCAGGUGCAACAAGUCCAGAUGGUGUGGGGCAGUGCGUCUGGCAUGAUGUCACUCGGAUCAGCCAGUCUGGGCUCAGCUGCCACCAUGACUCCUCUGGCCUCCUCUCAGCCCAUCACCACCUCCACUUGGGCGACCUCCACCAUCUCCACGCCCUCAGUGGCCAUCCCCGGUAGCCACACCAACAAUGCCAGUAAUACCUCCACUGACAACAAACAGCAAGUAGCUCAGCAGGUGUCAUCAGGUGCCAGUGCAAACAUCUCAGCCACCAGUCCCUCACAGGUAGUGGGUAACGCCACCAGCAUCACGGUGGCCAACAACUCACAGCUCCUACCACAGGGCAUCACUGUUUCCCCACAGUUGCCGGGUUCGGUUGGUGGUGGCGUGACAGUGGUGCCGGUGAGCCAGACGUCACAGCUCCGUGCGGCUGCCCCCACUGCUGCCGUGGCAGCACAACAGAACACUAUACAGAUCCCACAGAUACAGGUGGUCCAGCCCGUGUUUCAGCACAUUCCUGGCAUAGGCCAAGUGCAGGUGAUCUCACCAUCCUCCCUGCAGACCCUUACAUCCUCCAUAGCAGGAACAUCUCAGCCCAUCUCAGUCUCCACUCUUAGUGCUGUGCCCACCUCCAACUCUCAGCCAGCUGCCAGUGCCAUUCCCACCCAGAUCUUGCCCGGAGGAGCACAGAUAAUUAGUGCUAGUGGGUUGCAAGGGGAGAGUGAAGGUGCUAAGUGGGUGGUGUCAACUGGAGGUCAAGUAAAUCAGGCCCAAGUAGUACCACAGCCAGACGACUCCCCAACCACGGAGACUGGCAAAACACGGCUUCGGCGAGUGGCAUGCACCUGCCCCAACUGUAAGGAUGGGGACCGUGGGGGCGAUAACAAGAAGAAAGUGCAUGUGUGUCACAUCCCUGGCUGCAACAAGAUGUACGGCAAGACCUCACACUUGCGGGCACAUCUUAGGUGGCAUUCUGGGGAGCGGCCCUUUGUCUGCUCCUGGCUCUUCUGCAACAAGAGGUUCACCCGCUCUGAUGAACUCCAGAGACACAAGAGAACACACACAGGAGAAAAGAGAUUUCAUUGCCCUGAAUGUCAAAAGAGGUUCAUGCGGUCGGACCAUCUCUCCAAACACGUCAAGACUCAUACCAAAUCUAAGGGGAUGAACAUUCCCAACCCGUCUCAAUCCUCGGAGAGCAGCAACUCAUCAGAUGCUGGGGAGAAGAUGCUCAUCACCAUCCCUGACCAGUCUGGGGAUCCUCUGCACAUCUCCACUGAUGGGGAAGUGCCAGCCAAUGUCCCUCAGCCUCAGUAGUCCCUUUGAUCCCAGAACACAAGUUGUAUUACGUGAAAACUGUUAUUUUGUGUACAGUGUGAAAAAGAAGUGUGUUCAGCUUAUAAAAGAUAUUUCAUUAAUGUGGUGCUCAGUUAACUUCCUGGCCCAAUUCUUUUAUGUUAAUUAAUUCAUACCUUUGAUGUGUUUUAGAGACAGAUGAAGUGUUGUGAUGUGUUGUGUGUGUGUGAAGGAACUUCAUGUUUUGGUCCAAGUGGGAGGUGUACUGGGUGAGCCUCAAACACUGUCCACCAAGUUUUGCUCAAAGGUCCUGCUAGCUUCACCACCCUUCCUAAAAGAAUGGCAUGUUUUUGUCUGCCAUUUAAGAAAUCAUCUCUGAUUAUGAGUAAAGAAAAACCUAUUGAUAAUUCAUUUUUACUUGAUAAUUUACUUAUUGUUUUUUGUUAGUCAGAGGCUUACAAACAAAGCUCAUCAUGUAUAUUGUGGAGUGGUGAGUGUUAGCCAGGUGGAUGUGUCAUCAGCAAAAGCACAGAAAGGUUUGCAGCACUGUUUUAUAUUUAAUUUUAAAAUCUUCAUUGCUUUCACUUGGCAGAUUUUAUUAAGCAAUUAAUAUAUUGAGUUAUUAUCAUAGAUGAGCAUUAUCACGAUAAUUUAUUGCGAUAACGGCAUUGGGUUAUUAGUUAUCCGAUAAUAAUUUUUCCUGCGUUAUCGAUUCAUCGGUAUCGUCAAUACUUUUGGUUCCAAACUAGCGAUAAUUGAUAAUUUUGGUUUUUGGAAGAGCAUGUUGAAGUUUUAGAGUUUCAAAAUCAAAUAUAGUUAUUUUACUUAAAACUAAUCUUCAUUUGUGAAGAGAGGAUAAACAUUCAAUAUGAGAUUUUUUCUAAGUUUUCCAAGAUAAAGAUAAAAAUAAAAGAUUUGAAUAUAUCAAUUUUUUAUUAAAAAUAUCUAUUAUUGCUAGUAUUGGAAUUUUGGAUUUCUCAAUUUAUCGGUUAUCAGGUGAUCAGCCAGUUAUCGAUUAUUGGUUAUCAUUGAUGGUGAUCGUUAUCGAUUUAUCGGUUAUCGUGAUAAGUACUUUCAUUGUGAAGUAUCCUAUUUUAAUUGUAAUAUUUUAUACACUUAAGUUAGUUGUGCAAGUCAUUUACUUCUAGUAAUUACUUAUUGUCAUCCUUUGUCGAAAGAAAGUUAAUCCUCUUCUGUUCACUCUUUAGUCUAUUUUUUGCACAAAGAAAACAUUCCAUAACACAAAGUAUAGCACCAACAAAUGUAUCAGCCUUGUACACUUACAUCUUUUAGUGUCAUUUAAUUUGUAAUUUAAGUAACUGAAGAAUGUGUUCUCUUACAUUUGUAUAAAUAAGUUUAAUAAUUAUGGCAAGUAGUGUUGCUGCCACAUGGGUGGUGAACACCUCGUCAUGUUGACAGGAGUGUUGCUCACUGCCCUAACACAGCCACUAAUGCACCCACCCUCAGCCGUCCUGCUGUGUCUGUGGCGGUCUGGAGGAACAUUUACUUUUUAUUUUCGGCAUGCCUGUCAGCUGUUUUUAGGUGUUAAUCUGAAGCUCCCCACAGCUGAUGGCACAGGGAAGUCAAGAAGGUAGGAAUGAGUAAGUGUCUUCCUAGUCAAGUGACUGCAUCUCUUUCGGUGUUAUCUUAAUGGAUUUAUAGAUUAUAUAUAUAUUAUUUAUUUACUGUAUAGCAAAAUGUCUUUUUACAUUUUUAUAUUGUAUAUACUAUAUAUAUAUGGUGAAAUGUGAAGCUCAUUGUUCACAUGUUUUCUCUUCACCGAGUUGGUUGGUACCUGAACUGGUAGGUUGUCUGUUGUCUUGGCUUUAAGAGGUUCAGGUAAUUUGUCAAGAAAGACAAGAAUCAUUUUAUGGCAGCUCAUUUAUAGUGGUAGGAACUUAUUUUCUAAGAGACAUAGUAAAUAGGUGCCUUGCCAUAUUUUGUAAAAAAAGAACAAAAUGUUGCUAGUGAUUAAUAUGCACAAAGUUUU